AUGGCAACCAUAGUCACACCAACUAGUGAUAACUUCUUUGGAAUGGGAAAAGAAGUUGAAAACCUUAUUUUAGAAAAUUCAGAGCUGAGAGCCACUAAACAUGCAUUGAACAUUGUAAAAGAUGACUUGAUAGCAAGGGUUGAUGAACUUUCUGGUGAAAUGGACAUGAUGAAAGAGGAGAUCCAACAGUUACAGACUGUAAAAGGAAGAUUGAAUCUUAGAAUUACAGAACUUGAAGAUGAAAUCAAAAAAGCUAAGGAAGAGAAUGAGAAGAUUAAGAUGGUGGAGGAGGAUGAGGAUGUUCCCAUGGCGCAAAGAAAGCGGUUUACACGUGUUGAGAUGGCCAGAGUUUUGAUGGAGAGAAAUCAGUAUAAAGAGCGACUUAUGGAGUUACAGGAAGCUGUAAGGUGGACUGAGAUGAUACGAGCUUCCAGAGAACAUCCAUCACUGGAAACCAAAAAAAAUAAAUCAACCAUUUGGAAAUUUUUCAGUAAUUUAUUCAGUUCAUCCAAUGCACCGAGUAAAAAACCUUACCCACCAGUAAAUGUGAAAUUCAACGCUCCCACAUCACAGGUGUCACCGGCACCUAAGAAACGUACCACUCAAGCAUUUGGCAGUGAUAGAUCCAAGGUGUUUGAUUUCCUAGAGGCUGACGGAACUGAUAGUGCACAGAGAAUAAAAGAGAAACGUGAACAAUAUCGUAAAGUCAAAGCACAUGUGAAAAAAGAUGAUGGCCGUGUUCAGGCAUACGGUUGGAGCUUGCCUGCUAAAGUGCCUCCUAGUAGUAGUAAACCCAUCACACAGACUGAUGGUGGCAAGAGUAUGGUAGGAGUUCCUGUUCCAGUUUACUGUCGGCCAUUGUUAGAACAGGAACCUGGUAUGAAGAUAUGGUGUGCUGCUGGGGUCAAUCUUGGCGGAGGAAAAACUAGAGAUGGUGGUUCCAUAGUUGGUGCCAGUGUGUUCUACUCUAAUACUGAAGAGAAAGAUAGUGAUAGCACUGAGAAAGGUCAACCAGAAGGAGAUCUGGAAAAAUUAGAAAAAGAAAUAAAGGAUCAUGAGAAAGAAAGAGAAGAAAUAACAAAACAGAAUUUAUCAUCGUUAGUAUGGAUAUGUACAAGUACCCAUUCUACAAGCAAAAUAACCGUCAUUGAUGCCAACCAACCACAAAAUGUAUUAGACUCUUUUCCUAUAUGUAAUUCACAUGUAUUAUGUAUAGCCAGUGUAAAAGGUGCAAAAGAGAGUGACUAUCCUGCCAGUGAGGAAGUGUUGAGCAGUACUGAAUGCAGUGACCCUGAGGCUGCUACAAAUGAGAGUGGAUUAGGUAACGUUACCAUGGUGACAGCAACACAAACCAGCUCAGAUGCAACACCAAGGACUGCGUCACCAACAACAUCUGAUAGAGGAGACCCAUUUUCCCCGAUUCGAGGUGAUUACAAAGCGGAUGUCAGUGCUGCUAAUAUUGGUAAGAGGGUGUCGUCAGUUAGUGACGCAAUGGAAGCGCUGACAGAAGCAGCGGCAGCACCACAGUCAAAAGACACAAUAGGUAUGGAAGGUAUUGUUAAUGAAGAUAGUGUAUCCGCAGAAGGUGAUGGUGAAGAAGAAGAUCAUGAAGGGAGAAGUUUUGCAGAUCCAUUGGGUGCCACAGCUGGUAGCCAAGCUACAUCAAUGUCUGGUGAUUUACAUAAAGAUGGUGUCUCAUCACUUCCUACUGAAAAUGAUUUUAUGUAUGUAGAAGUAGAGAAAAUGAGUAGUGUACAGCCAACUAUGUGGUUAGGAGCACAAAAUGGAUGGUACCACAGUAAGCCAUUGAAUAAUAUUGCAUCAUGGGAGUUUGUGAUCUAUUCUGGAGGACGUCGGUUCGCCGUUGCUGGCAGUAUACCAUUUUUUACGUGUCUACUAAUCACGCGUUUGCAAGUAACACAUGUCAAAGGUCGAGUACUUGUUGCACUAGCUGAUGGUACUAUUGCUGUUUUUCAUAGAGCUGAAGAUGGCCAAUGGAAUCUUGCUAACUAUCAUUUAUUAGAUCUAGGUCGUCCACAUCAUUCUAUUCGUUGUAUGGUCGUUGUCUAUGAUGUGGUGUGGUGUGGUUAUAGAAACAAAAUUCAUGUGAUCCAACCAAAAACUUUAAAAAUAGAGAAAUCUUUUGAUGCUCACCCGAGAAAGGAAAGUCAAGUCCGUCAGCUUGCAUGGGUUGGUGACGGCGUGUGGGUGUCAAUUCGUCUUGAUAGCACGCUACGACUCUAUCAUGCACAUACAUAUCAACAUCUGCAAGACGUAGAUAUUGAACCUUACGUCAGUAAAAUGUUAGGAACUGGAAAACUUGGUUUUUCAUUUGUACGUAUCACAGCACUUAAAGUAUCCUCCAAUCGUUUAUGGGUUGGUACAGGCAAUGGUGUUAUUAUAUCAAUUCCACUUACUGAAGCAUCCAAACCAACUUUGGCCGGUAGUGCUGGUUGUCGACCUGGUGGCGUUAUACGUGUGUAUUCAGAUUCCAAGUCAGACAGUGUCACCCCUGGUAGUUUCAUACCCUACUGCAGUAUGGCACAAGCACAGUUGUCAUUUCAUGGACACAGAGAUGCCGUCAAAUUCUUUGUAGCUGUUCCAGGUACAGCCACUGCUGGCGGUAUGAGUACAGCUAGUUCUACAGAUACAGUGACAACGCAGACUCCCCCAGACAAACUGUCAUUGAAAAAUAUGUUACUACUGAGUGGUGGAGAAGGAUACAUUGACUUUCGUAUCGGUGAUGGGGAUGAUGAGGAAGAUGCCAGUAGUAACUAUGGUGAUAUGCAAAUGACUAGCACAAAGAUAGCCAGAUCGGAGAGAAGUCACCUGAUAGUUUGGCAGGUAACCGGUGUAUCUCCAUAAAAGUCAACUGUAUGUCCAUUUCUUCCAAGACUCACAGAUUCAACUGUUUGGCGUGAUGAGGUUCACUUUUGUAGUGAUUUUGCGCCAUCACUACGUGUGAUGAUUUGUAACAAAAUCUUGAUUUAAUCCCAAACAUAUAUAUGUAUGUUAUUCAUUUUUUGGAAUUGUCAGAAAUGUUUUUGUUUUAAUGAUUGCAACUACUGUCGGUGGUUUUAUAUUAUUUAUCAUCGUUUUUGUGGAUUGCAGCUUUGGUGUAGAUAAUAUGUGAAAAUAGAUUUUUUAUGUUAAAUGUAUAAAUAUUUACUUCACCAGUAUCAUUAAGGGAAUAUUGAAGAAAAAAAAAUACAUGUUUAUUUUCCAUAUUGUAGGAUUCAUUUUAAAGGAUGGAUUUUGGCUUGCAAUACAAAACAUCUCUUUGC